AAUUAAUUAAUCCAAAGCUUGUAAGGUGUAUUUGUGGAAAACAAAUUAAAUUAGACUGUGCAUAUAGGGAGAAAAAUUUGGACUGUCAUGGGGAAGCUAAGGAAUGUACAAAAAAUAUAAUAAGUGUUUGUAAAUUUUUUUCUAUUGAUAAUUCACCAGCUCAUCACCAUCAAAAAGCAAAAGCUUGCAUUGGUCUUACUAAUGAAAAAAUCAAAAAUUAUGUAAUGAAAAGUCCAUCUGGAUUUGGUGGUUCCAAAAGUAUUAUCAAAGCUGCUCAAACUUUGUUUCCAAAUAAAUUUUUUGAAGGUAAUCCAUUUUCUCAUACAAGAUUAACAGAAGAAGAAAAUUUACAACUCCAACAAGAUUUACGUAUGAAUGCUAAGUGGUUAUUGGAAAAGGACACUUUAAAUGUUAGAAGUACAAGUUGUUUUAAGUUUACACCUGAUGAAUCACAAAUCUGUUACAAUUGCAAAAAAUUAGAAAAGAAUAAAAGAUUCAUAAGUGCUAUCAAUAUG